AAAAAAAAAACACCGACGCCAAUGAAAGCAGAAGCAGAACCGAAUAAAGUGAGAAAAAGAUUAAAGUUGUUUUUAGUUUAUUCGUAAAAAUGGCGCGGAAUAAAUCUCCCUCGGCGGCAUCGGAUAAAGAGAAAAAGAAGCCGAAAGAGAAUAAAAAGAAGAAAGGUGAUUCAGGGUCUAGUAGCAGUGAUAGUAGCGGAAGUUCAUCAGAAAGCAGUUCAUCAAGGUCAUCAUCUCGAUCAUCUUCAUCUAGUUCUGGCAGUUCUUCUCGGUCUUCAUCAUCGUCCAGUUCUUCUAGCAGUACCAGUAGUAACAAUGAUCGUUCCAGGCCAAAGAAGAAGACAUCUCCAAACAAGAGCCCCAUAAAAGAUCGUCGUGAAGGGGAUAGAGAUAAAAUUAGGGACAGGUCGCCUUUAGGAGAUAAGAAGAAGCUGUCAGUGCCCUCGGCUAAUGACAAAUCUAAGAGCAAGGAUAAACAUGAAAGGUCUCCAGGGCGUAAAAAACGUGAACGUUCACCUCCCCCAAGGCCCACCAGAAUCCACAUUGGCAGAUUGACUCUGAAUGUAUCCCGGGAACAUAUCCAUGAAAUAUUUUCCACCUAUGGCUCUGUCAAGGCUGUAGAAUUCCCAAUGGAUAGAUUGCAUCCUCACAAUGGGCGAGGCUAUGCUUAUGUUGAAUUCAGCAAUCCAGAUGAAGCAGAAAAUGCCAUGAAGCACAUGGAUGGAGGGCAAAUCGACGGGCAGGAGAUCACGGCGGCGCCCGUGCUGAUCCCGUCCCGGCCGCGGCGCCCGUCCCCGCGCCCGCCCCCGCCACGGCACGCGCCCAUACGACGACAUUCGCCGCCUAGGUACCGGCGCCGCAGCCCGCCGCCGCGCCGCCGCUCGCCGCCGCGCCGGCGCCGCUCGCGGUCGCGCUCCCCGCGCGCCGCGCCGCGCAGGCGCCGCUCCAGGUCCUCCUCCUCCUCCUCCCGCUAAUUCCCACACACAUAUAUACUUUGAGCCAUGGCAGUAUCACCAACGAUGGAAAAAAAACGCGCGCUUUUAGCAAACACCACAUUGACAAUGACCUUAAAAUUUUUCCCAUCUCUUUCUGAUUACUAUUUUGAAAGGGAUGGAAAGUAAGUAAAAAAGGCCAUGCAAAGUAUUUUGUUGUGUUUUUUGAUGUUUGUUAAAUUUCCAUCCAGUCAGUCAUAUUCACCUUAACACAUACACACUCGCUCCAAUAUCCAACAAAUUUUUAAGUUGCUUAGUAAAUUAUAUACACUCAGUCUUGUUCAUACUACUCGUACCACAAGUACGAACGAACACGAACUAAACAUGCUCCCGUUUAAGCUGCUUUGAUUUGAAGUGUUAAAUAUUAUCGGCCUCCUGCGUUCCGAAAUCACAGAAAAUGGAAUGCGAAUGCGGAAUGCGAAUAUGACAUUUAUAAAGUGUACUUACUACAUUAGCUUAUUAUAUUGAACAAUUUACCCAAAAGGGUUUCAUAAAGCAAAUUCAUUUUGAAUUAUUUAAAAAUUUUCAAUAUAUACCCAAUAUGUUUAUCAUUAAAUUAGAUACGUACUGCAUUCACAAAUAUUUUAAAAUCUUCAGCAGCUAUCACAAAUUGGUAUCGAGUUUUAGUGCCUCAAUUUUGAGUCACCUUCACUUACAUAUUUAUCAUACUAUUUACUUCACCUAGAAUGCAUGAAAACGCAAUAACAGUAAAAAAAAUAUGACGAAUAACAUCUCUUUCAAUCGACUUACAUACAAAACAAUUUGGCGGGUUUGUAUGUACCACCCCAAGAUACAACACACUCCAUUUCAGCUACUGUGGUAAGUAUCACCAACUCACCCAUACAAAAAAAUUUGGUUGAUUGCCACAGCAACAUAUUUCAGGUAAGUAUAGUAGUUAAUAAAACUUUCAGUGUAUAGUUAUAUAAAUGUUCAAUGAUUAAUGGCACAUUUCUGUUAUAAAAGCUUGCAAAAUGGGAACUGAACGAGUGCGUGAUUUGUGAAAAUAAGACUAAAUGAUUCAAGAUAGUGCAGUGCUAUGUAUUUACGCGUUUUUUGUUGUA